UCUGUCUCUCUCUCGGUCUAAUGAUCGCGAUGUUCUACUUGAACCAAACUGCUCUGCUCGCUGUUCAUCUCGUAGUUAUGUGUCCCGUCCUCGCAGAGAUUUUUGAGUUUUUUGCAGAUGACCACAGAGAUAUCCUGGUGUCCAGCGGAGACUCUAUCAUGUUCACUUGCAACGUAUCCACAAACAGAACAAUACAAAUCAACUGGACCAAAGACAAAUUUCUUUUUGCUCACUCCCUGAUACACAAUGAGACUUUUUCAAAUUUCACCUCUGACAGAGUGAGAAUAGAUGUUGACUUUCCUUCAAAGCUGAAAAUUUCAAACGCUCAGCUUGAAGACUCAGGACUAUAUCAAUGUAGUGUGACUAACAAAGAAGGUACAUACAGUAACAAGUGGAAUUUAACCGUGGCUGGGACACCUCCAGAAGUCCUGUCGUGGUAUUUUCUUUACACAGUUUUACCUGGAGUUGUGUUGCUCCUCUUUGGCAUCACUGCAGCUGUUUGCCUCCACAGAAAACUGAGGACCAGGACAUCAAAUCAGGACCCGGCCCAGAGCCAGCUUCAUCUGCAGUCAGGAGGAGAGGUGGUCAUCCCUCAAGCUCAGGCGGGCCCAGAGAGAAGAACAAAUAACAAGCACAGGAGUCAGUACCGGGAAAGGCUCAACUCAAUCUAUGGUCUCUAGUGAGAUAACGGGAAAUUCAACAGAAACACAACACAGUUAUUUCAACUUCAAACCAGGAGCCACAAGUGAGGACAGCUGGUGUGUCUGCAUCAACACAAUGAAACCAGUGCAUUCACUUUGCUGAUAGAUUCUUUAUUGUACUCUGUGUAUUGUAAUGUUUUUAUAUUUGAUGGUUUAAUGCACCCUGAGGUGUCUGAGGAAAGUGGCUUUCAGAGUUUGUUGUUCAUGGCAAUAAAGUUAAGGACACUCAAAAGGCUUUGAUUGACAGUCGGUGGCCUCUAGUGUCUCGAAAAGGAAUUGAA